AUGAGCACCGUUACCCCCCGCUUCUCCACAAACGACGUCACAGUCGUCUUCUUCCUCGGCGGACCAGGAAGCGGCAAAGGAACCCAAUCAGCCAACCUUGUUAAAUCCUACGGCUUCGUCCACCUCUCCGCCGGUGACCUCCUCCGCGAAGAACAAAACCGUGCUGGAAGUCAAUACGGCGAGAUGAUCAAAGAAUACAUCCGCGAAGGCAAGAUCGUGCCAAUGGAAGUCACAGUGGCAUUGCUAUCAAACGCAAUGGCCGACUCGCUCGCCAGCAAUCCCCCAGCGCCCGGCACGAAAGCGCGCUUCCUGAUCGAUGGAUUCCCGCGUAAGCUCGACCAGGCCGUCUUUUUCGAGGAGACUGUUUGUCCUUCUGAGCUUGUUCUUUUCCUUGAUUGUCCCGAGGCUGUUAUGGAGACACGCUUGCUGAAGCGUGGUGAGACUAGCGGGCGUGCUGAUGAUAACGCUGAGUCUAUCCGCAAGCGUUUCCGUACCUUUGUUGAGACUUCUAUGCCUGUUGUUGAGGAUUUCCGGGGCAAGGAUAAGGUUGUUACUGUUACUGCUGAUAAGUCUGUUGAGGAGGUUUAUCAGGAGGUUAAGGCUGGUAUUGAGGCUCGUGGUAUCUCUCCUCGUUAA